UUCUUACUUAUUUUUGCAUUCAUUUUGUUCUUUUCUUUAUUUGUUUUUGGUCACCUUUAUCUCUCCUUUGGACUUAGCUAACAUUAAAGAGGCUUCUCUUACCAGUCUUCUCUAGGUUAUUCGGAGGUUCGUAAUACAAAGGGUGGAUAUCUUUGUCUCUCUAUUUCUCUCGUUUUAUAGCUUUGUUUAAUGAAAAUUUUGGCUCCCAAAGAUUUUAUCUUUUUUUUUUUUCUCCGAAAUUCUCAUGUUAGAUUUUUUAGACUAUUUUUAGAGCACGUAUCUGGGGAUUAUUUCUUAUUUUUAAGAACCCCAUCAAGAAAAAAAAAAUUGAACCAAUACAAUAAUAGGUGCAUUGAGCUGAGUGAACUCGUGUUUCCGCGUAACAUUUUGAAGCUAUGCAAAGAACUCUAUUGAGGAGAGUACCAAAGUACCAGCCCAAACAAAGGAAGUCAUAUAUUUCCCAAUCAAAUCACCUUAUUAGCACAAAUCUCCCCUCUCAAAGCAAAAAUGCCGACGGCAAAGUUCCGAAGGAAAAUUUUGAAUCAUGGCUCACUCUUGUUUCAGUCCUUGCCAAUGGAGGGGCCGAAAUGGACCUUACCUUACAUAAGGCCUCGAAGAUUCUCCACUCUGGCAUUAAACCAAAUGCCUACUCCCUAGUUCACAUGGUUCGGGUCUCAACCGACCUGGGCUAUGAUUCCUAUUGUCAACAGCUUCAUUGCUACAUUUUAAAAUCUGGGUUUGUCUCCAAUGUCUUUCUUUCUAACGCUUUGAUGAGGUUUUAUAGGCGAAUUGACUUGCUAUGUGAAGCGGGUAAGAUGUUUGUUGAAAUUCCUCAACCGAGUGUCAUUUCUUGGAACUCUUUGAUUUCUUGCUAUGUUCAAUCUGGGCAGUUUCGUAAAGCUUUGGGGUUGUUUAUUGAUCUUCAAAGGUCUGAAAUUUGUGGCAAUGAGUACUCAUUUACCGUAGCUUUAGCUGCUUGUGGUCAGCUGGGGUUUUUGCAUCUAGGCAAGUCAAUUCACUCCAACAUUUUGAAAUUUGGCUUGGAAUGUGGAAUUGUUGUUGGGAAUUGUUUGAUUGAUACGUAUGGAAAAUGUGGGGCUCUGGACGAUGCUUUUUUGGUCUUUGAUGGUAUGAUUGAUAAGGAUAUUAUUUCAUGGAAUUCUGUUUUAGCAGCAUGUGCUAGAAAUGGAAAGCUUGAACAAGCCUUCGAUGUUUGGCGCCAAAUGCCUAUCCGUGAUACAAUAUCUUACAAUGAAUUGAUUAGUGGCAUUGCUCAGUUUGGCAACAUGGAUGAUGCAAUUGGUAUUUUAUUUAAUAUGCCGAACGCAAAUUCUUCUUCAUGGACUUCAAUUAUGACGGGAUAUGUUAAUAGAAAUCAGGCAUGGGAGGCUCUUCAGUUUUUCAGUAAAAUGCACUGCAAUGAUGUUGAAAUGGAUGAGUUCUCAUUUUCAAUAAUUCUAAGUGGGAUUGCAGGUCUUUCAGCUUUAACAUGGGGAAUGUUGACCCAUUGUUGUACAAUAAAGUGUGGUUUGGAUGCAUCUAUUGUUGUGGGAAGUGCUCUCAUUGACAUGUACUCCAAAUGUGGCCUGGUUAAGAACGCUGAGUCUAUGUUCCAGUCUUUGCCUAAGAAGAAUUUGGUAACCUGGAAUGCUAUGAUGUCUGGUUAUGCUCACAAUGGUGAUUCGAUGAAAGUGAUCCAGCUUUUUGAGCAGCUAAAAACUGAAAAGGAUUUGAAACCUGACUGGGUCACAUUUCUUAAUGUGUUGGCUGCAGGUUCACAUAAUGAGAUACCACUUCAAGAGAUGUAUCAGCACUUCGAGUCAAUGAUCAAUGAUUAUGGGAUUAAACCCACCGUUGAGCAUUGCUGUUCUAUGAUUCGGCUGAUGGGUCAAGGAGGGGAGAUCUGGAGAGCAGCGAGGAUGAUAUAUGAACUUGGUUUUGGAUCACGUGGUGUGGUUUGGAAGGCUUUGCUUGGUGCCUGUGGAGUUUGUAAGGAUUUGAAGGUUGCAAUGAUUGCAGCUGCAAAGAUAAUUGAAUUGGAGGGUUACAAUGAUUAUGUUUAUGUAAUGAUGUCUAACAUUUUUGCGCACUAUCAGAAAUGGACUGAGGUGAGUUUAAUGCGAAGGCUCAUGACAAAUAAAAGAGUAAUAAAAGAAGCUGGUUGUAGUUGGAUUGAAAUGGAAAAUGUCAAGCUAAAUUCAUCUGUAUAGAAAUAGAAUUGGUUUUGAAUUGCUGGUUGAGUUGUUCUUAACAGAAAUAGAAAAGGCUGGUUGUGUUGAAUUCAUCUGUAUGGAAAAUGUUUGUUUUCAACAGCAUUAGUUGAUAAAUGUCGUUAUUAAUUUCAUGAUUAUAUACUUACAAACAGGCCAUAGUAGCCCACCCCUUCUUAGGCAUGUUUUUAGC